GGUGCGUUAGCCAAGCGAAGCGAGUGGAGAUCAUGCACGAGAUUUGUACUCUGUUGAAAUAAUACGUCAUCCCAUAUUCUUUAGUGAUUUCAUAUAAAUUUUCAUUAAUUCGGAAUAUUAAUCUAUUACAUAAUAAAACAGCAAAAUGCCGGCGGCGCGAGGUGUAAAGCGGACGGCGUCCAAGACUUCUGCUGUCACGGCAUCAUCGGCGCCCAAAAACAAGAAAAAACGCGGAGCAGCGAUCCAAUUGGAGAUACCAACUGCGCCCAAAAAGAGGGGUUCAGUGUUGACAUGCGGACAGGGAGAUGUGGGGCAACUGGGCCUCGGAGAAGAUGUCAUGGAGACCACCAAGUUUCGCUACGUGGCCGCGCUGGGUAACAAGAUAGUGGACGCACACGCGGGGGGCAUGCAUACCAUCGCGCUGGAUAGUGAUGGAAAGGUCUGGACUUUUGGCUGCAAUGAUGAAGGAGCCUUAGGCAGAAUAACAUCCACGGAUAAGGAUGAAGGCACACCAAAGGCUGUGGCGUUGCCGCAGCCAGCCGUGGCCAUUGCAGCAGGGGACUCACACUCUGCUGCUUUGCUUAACAACGGAGAUGUCUAUGCUUGGGGAGCGUUUAGAGAUUCCCAUGGCAGCAUGGGUCUAGUGGUGAGAGGGCGAGAGGGCAAGGCGUGUAAAGAGCCAGUAAAGGUGGACAUAGGAGAGCCAGCAGUAGCAUUGGCUUCAGGGGGAGACCAUCUAGUUAUGUUAUCGGUAUCAGGUUCAGUGUACACGAUGGGUUGCGGGGAGCAGGGGCAGUUGGGCAGGCUGUCGCAGAGGUCCGCAUCAAGAGACGCGAGGCAAGGGUUCAGUGCUCUGCUAGUGCCGUCGAAGGUGACACUAAAAACUGGCGUGUCACGUGUAUGGGCUGGAUACCAUGCAACAUUCGUGCUCGACGCGAAUAAGGACAAAAUGUUCGCGUGGGGUCUCAAUAACUAUGGACAACUCGGUAUAACGGGUGAGAAACGUAAAACAGCGUUGUUCUCGCCCACGGAAUGCGACGCUUUCGCCGGCAACUCUUGGAACGCCGUCGCGGCCGGCCAGCACCACUCCUUAGCCGUGGACGAAGGCGGCAAGGCGCACGCUAUUGGAAGAUGCGAGUACGGACGGUUAGGAUUAGGAGAGAAAUCGGGAGACGCGGAAAUCCUGGAGCCAAUCCCAAAAUUGCAGAACAAAAACUGCAUCAGCAUAGCGGCCGGCACUAGCAACUCCUUCGCCGUCACAAGUAGUGGUGAAGUGUUAUCAUGGGGCAUGGGCAGUGAAGGCCAGUUAGGCACAGGCAAGAGUCAAGACGCGGCCGAACCCACCAGCGCGGUGUGCGUUACACACCAGGACCGGACCCCUCUUCACAUAUCCGCGGGGGGUCAACACACAGUACUACUUGUUGAGGACCCUAACCCCCAAAAAGACGCGUCACCGACACCAGAGAAAGAGACGCAAGAGGAGAAAUCAGAGCCCGUAGAAGAGGAGAAAAAGAGACCCACCAAGAGACAAAAGAAGCAGGAGCAAGAUGAGGAGAUAUCUUCCACCUCUAGCGCGCAACCCGCUGAAGUUGAGAAGGUCAAUGGAAAUGAGAAAAAAGCACCGGAAACGCCGAUGGACGUUGACGAAACAGAUAAACCACAAGAAAGCACACAAGACAAACAGACAGAUGACACAAAAGACACAGACCAGACCGAGUCUGAGAAAGAAUCACCCGAAACCAUGGACACUUCAAGUCAAGACACAGAAGACUCCAAGGACGAAAAGGAUACAGAAGUGAAACCCGACGUCCCGAAGGAAAGUGAAAAGGAAAGUGAAAUGCAAAGUGAAAAUGAAAGUGAAGUGAAAGCGUUGACAGAAGUGAACGGAACCCCAGAGUCGGUAGAAAGUAAAACUCUAGAGACUUUACCCGUAACACCCAUGUCUACAGCGUGAUGGUAGAUCAAUGUUUUGGUUUUAAGGUUAAUUUUACACGGUUUAGCUAUCGUACAGUAGGAUAUGGUUGUUUAUGUGAUCGUGUGGUCUAGUUGUGAGAGGGUGUUUCAGUUGACUAACGUUUUUGUAUAGUUUCAUCCGCUUGGAUAUAGGUUUUUAAAGGUUCUGGUCUUUUAAACAUGUGCGUCUGGUGGGAAUUUUCAGAUUUUUUUUUAUAGUGUCUGCAUUAUACAAGGAACUUACUUGCAAAAUCACAAAUAUCUAAACCCAGUGGUUUGUACUUUACUAGAUGCAUUCAUUGACGAUUUAAAAACUUAUUUAAAUAUAUAUUCAUUCUUUUUUUUUUUAAUUUGAACCUUAUCAAUUUUCUGUAAGAAACAAUAUUAAAAACAAAUCAUUUCACUAGUAGCAGAUUUUUUUUUUAAUAUUAUGCCGUAUGUAGCCGUCUAGACCACUGCUUAUCUACAGUGAUGUUAUGAAGAGGUGGACUUAGUAAGUUUGAAUAUAAGUGGCCAUCUCCGAAACUAGAAAGAAAAGAAACGAAGAAAAUAUUUAUUAU